AUGCGAGAUAUUUUGAGCCGUGCAGGUAUGGUGGACUGUAAACCGUUGGUCACUCCGGUUCCUGUGUCCCGACCUUCCUCUGAUUCUGUGGUUUCCUACGCGGAUCCCACGCAGUAUCGCAGUCUUGUUGGGGCUGUGCAGUAUCUUACUGUCACUCGCCCGGAUCUCUCUUUUACCGUGAAUCGGGUCUGUCAGCAUAUGCACUCUCCGACUACUGAGCAUUGGGCUAUGCUCAAGCGUGUUCUGCGGUAUGUAAAAGGAACUUUGCACUUUGGCAUUUUUAUUCGCCCUUCCUCCUUUGUUGCGGUUCAUACCUUUUCGGAUUCGGACUGGGCUGGUGAUCCAGCUGACAGGAAGUCUACUAGUGGUUUUGCAGUUUUUCUUGGUGGCAAUCUGAUUUCCUGGUCUUGCCGAAAGCAACAUACGGUUGCUCGUUCGUCUACAGAGGCUGAAUACAAGGCUCUGGCUGAUGUGUCUGCGGAGGUCACCUGGUUGGUUUCUCUGUUGCACGAGCUUGGGGUGUCGUUGGCUGCUCCUCCCACUCUCUGGUGCGAUAAUCUGGGUGCGACUUAUCUCUGUUCCAACCCGGUGUUCCAUGCUCCUAGAUUUGCCAAACAAGAUUUUGAUUGUUGA